GGUCAGUCCCUGGGAAGUCUCUGAAUCGAAAAGGAAAUCGAGGGGACUGAAUGCGGAUUCAAGAGGCAUGAAAAAUUUUUCAUUGUGACUCUUCCCUCUGAAAGUAUUCUCACGUCAAUCACAAUUCCAUAUCCGUCAAUAUCGUGGGGUUCCGGGUGGAAUAACUGGCGUGCCACAGUCCUCUGGAUUUUGCAACUAGAAAAUUGUUGAGCCACGUCAGUUGGAGUCAGUCCAUUCCCUCCAGUUGCUCGACUUUUAUUUUUCAACCGACAAACCAGGCACGCCUGUUUUCUCGCUUUACUUAUAAAAUUUCGAAGUGGUACGAUACCUCCUAUGUGUAACAUAGGAAACAUGUACGGAGGCGUGGGGCCUUUUCGUAUCGGUCUGGAUCAGGAAGUUGAGGCGAAUACAUUGUAGAAACGACGGUGAAUAUGGAGGUGGCUUUCAUGGCAGGAUUGACGAGACGAAAUGCAGCACCAGCAACAGAAUGGGGUGGUACCGGGGGGAGGGAGUCAUGAUGAUUUCUCGGAUGAUGACACAACGCCGCUGACGCAGGAUUAUGGGGGAAGUCAGCGAACUGUAGUAGAAACAAAAGGAUGGGACGUCUUCAGAGACCCGCCUCCAAAGAUAGACUCUGGCUCCAUGGCGAAUCAAAAGUGCCUGGAUGCCACAGUCCAAAUAACAAAAGUAGUAGUCUACCUCGUUGUGUUCGUCAUAGUCCUCGGUUGUGGUGUUCUUGCGAAAGGGACAGUUCUCUUCAUGACCUCGCAGCUUCGUCCAGGUCGAGUAAUGGUUCACUGUAAUCGUCAACUGGGUAGGGAUCGUCAAUUCGUGGUGAGCCUCCCGGAGGAGGAGAGAAUCGGCUGGAUGUGGUGCAUAAUAAUAGCCUUCGCAGUACCCGAGAUCGGGACAUUCAUCAGAAGCUGCAGGAUGUGUACAUUCAAGUCCUGCAAGAAGCCCCUGUCCUCGCACUUCUUGCUUGUCUUCAUGAUGGAGACAUUUCAUGUUCUGGGACUGGCCCUGAUGUUCUUCUCAGUUCUCCCGGAUCUCGACGUCGUCAAGGGUGCCAUGUUGACCAACUGCGUGUCCUUUGUACCAGGUCUUCUUGGGCUGCUCUCCAGGAACAAAAGCAAAGACGAAUCCAAGCGAUUUGUUCUGGUUCUGGUAGAUCUGGCGGCAUUGGCAGCACAAGCCAGUGGAUUCGUUGUUUGGCCACUGCUGGACAGCUCCAGACACAGUCUCUGGCUUAUUCCGGCCUCGUUGGUACUCGUGUCCUGCGGAUGGUGGGAGAACUAUGUCUCCAUGCAGAGUCCCAUUGGGCUUGUUAGGACUCUCAGCAGAGUGAAAAAGGAUCUCCGAUUGACGAGAUACUUCACCUACUUGUUUGUCUCCCUCUGGAAAAUAAUCGCCUUCUUCAUAAGUUCAUUAAUCAUCCUGCAUGCAAAAGGCGAAACUGUUGGACAUCUGUUCACAAUGUUCGGUAGUGCUUUUGGAGAGCACAAGAUCACGGUAACUGCUGUGCGUCAGAAUGGCUUCGGGGCAAUUCCGGAUAUUUCGGAGUUUCUGCCAAAUGGAGAGACCGAAACUGUUGAUGCCGAUCUCAACUCAGCGAUUUAUGUACUGCUCAUUCAGAUUUUUGCGUCAUAUAUUGCUUACAUAUUCGGUAAAUUCGCGUGUAAAAUUCUAAUCCAGGGCUUCAGUUACGCUUUCCCAGUCAGUCUAACGAUCCCCGUCCUGAUCUCCCUCCUUAUCGCGGCAUGUGGUCUCCGCAACAACGAUCCCUGUUUCUUCCACGGAACAAUUCCCGACUACCUCUUCUACGACGCCCCUCCUCCCUACUUUCUCAAUGACUUUGUCUCAAAACAAUACGCCUGGGUCUGGCUCCUCUGGCUCCUCUCCCAGACCUGGUUCACCAUUCACAUAUGGACCCCAAAAUGCGAGCGUCUGGCCGCAACGGAGAAGCUCUUCGUGGUCCCCAUGUACGAUUCUCUACUGAUCGAUCAAUCUCUCGGUCUCAAUCGCAAACGGGAUGAUCAGCCUGAAGUCAAAGUUGAGGAUCUUGCCGAAAUCGAGAGGGAGAAAGGUGACGGUGAUUACGAGACCAUUUACGAGCAAACUGACGGCUCAACAACACCACCGUCUGCGGUCAAGAAUAGCGAUCAUGUAACACGUAUUUAUGCAUGCGCCACAAUGUGGCACGAGAACAAGGAGGAGAUGAUUGAAUUCUUGAAGAGUAUUCUACGGCUCGAUGCGGAUCACAGCGCAAGACGUAAUGCUCAGAAGUUCUUCAAACUCAUUGACCCCGAUUACUACGAAUUCGAGACACAUAUAUUCUUUGACGAUGCUUUUGAACUCGCUGAUGAUGAUGAGAAUGAAGUACAGGUCAAUCGUUUCGUUAAACUACUGGUGGCAACCCUGGACGAGGCGGCGUCCGAUGUUCAUCACACGAGGACUCAUGUGAAAGCGCCGAAGAAGAUACCCACACCUUAUGGUGGCCGAUUGAUCUGGACUCUGCCGGGUAAAUCGAAGAUGAUUGCUCACCUCAAGGAUAAGAACAAGAUUCGUCACAGGAAACGAUGGAGCCAGGUUAUGUACAUGUAUUACUUGCUGGGUCACAGAUUGAUGGAGUUGCCUAUCAGUGUUGACAGGAAAGAAAUUAUCGCUGAGAACACUUAUCUCCUAACCCUGGAUGGUGACAUUGAUUUUCAACCAGCAGCUGUGAAGCUACUUGUGGAUCUGAUGAAGAAGAAUAAGAAUCUGGGAGCUGCUUGUGGUAGAAUUCAUCCUGUUGGAUCAGGUCCCAUGGUUUGGUAUCAGAUGUUUGAGUACGCCAUUGGUCAUUGGCUGCAAAAGGCCACGGAGCACAUGAUUGGAUGUGUACUCUGUAGUCCUGGUUGCUUCUCCCUCUUCAGAGGAAAGGCCCUCAUGGAUGACAAUGUCAUGAAGAAGUACACAACCAAAUCCGAGGAUGCCAGGCAUUACGUCCAGUACGAUCAGGGUGAGGAUCGAUGGCUAUGUACUCUGCUGCUUCAGAGAGGUUAUAGAGUUGAGUAUUCAGCCGCCAGUGAUGCCUAUACUCAUGCCCCCGAGGGAUUCAAUGAAUUCUAUAAUCAACGGAGACGAUGGGUGCCUUCGACCAUGGCCAAUAUCAUGGAUUUGCUGAUGGAUUCCAAGAGAACGAUAAAGAUCAACGAUAACAUCUCGAUGCCUUACAUAUCCUAUCAGAUUCUAUUGAUGGGAGGUACCAUUCUUGGACCCGGAACUAUAUUCCUCAUGUUGGUGGGUGCCUUCGUGGCUGCCUUCAAGAUCGACAAUUGGACGAGUUUCUACUACAAUAUCUUCCCGAUUUUACUAUUCAUGGUGGUGUGCUUCACCUGUAAAUCCAGCGUGCAGCUUUUGUGUGCCCAAAUAUUAUCAACGUUGUAUGCCAUGAUCAUGAUGGCAGUCAUAGUGGGUACAGCUCUCCAGCUAGGCGAGGAUGGAAUUGGCUCGCCCUCCGCGAUAUUCCUGAUGUCCUUGUCGAGUUCAUUUUUCAUAGCGGCUUGUCUACAUCCUCAAGAAUUUUGGUGUGUCGUACCCGGAAUAAUCUACCUGCUCUCUAUCCCAUCGAUGUAUCUGCUUCUCAUCCUGUAUUCAAUCAUAAAUCUCAAUGUUGUCACCUGGGGAACGAGGGAGGUCCAAGUGAAAAAGACGAAGAAGGUAUUUUUCGCUGCAGUCCUCAGCGUUAUCUACGCACUGGUAAUGGUAGCUGUAAUAAUAGCAAUAUCUAUAAACGUUAUCGAUGAUGGAUUGUUGUCACCCUCGAGUUUAUUCAUCCUUCUGGUGACGGCCCAAAUAGCAAUAGCUGGAUUACUACAUCCGAAAGAAAUCGGUUGCCUUGUGCAUGGAAUAAUUUACUACAUAACGGUACCCUCGAUGUACGCUGUAUUAAUUAUAUACUCUCUCGUAAAUUUGAAUAACAUUACGUGGGGCACGCGGGAAGUAACAGUGAAAAAAACAAAGGCGGAAUUGGAGCAAGAAAAGAAGGAGGCAGAGGAAGCCAAGAAGAAGGCCAAGACCAAGUCUCUACUUGGAUUUCUGCAGAAUGGAUCGGGGAAUAAUGCGGAUGACCAGGGCUCCAUUGAGAUUUCCCUAGCUGGAUUGUUCAAGUGCAUGCUGUGUACUCACGGCAAACCGUCCGAGGAGAAACAACAAUUGGUGGCCAUUGCCGAGUCACUCGAACAAUUGGGAAAACGAUUGGAGACUAUUGAAAGAGCGGUUGAUCCUCACGCUCACAGCGCCGUUCGCCGUCGAGGUUCAUCAGCAGGGUCACGGGGAGGUGAUCACCUUGGACCGAUCAAUGAAGCCUCUCAGGAGGGCCACGAAGAUAACAGCGAUUCCGAGGAAUCUAGUGUCCAAGAGGACAUCAGACGCGAUGACAAUCUCUCCCGACCUUAUUGGCUGACGGACGCCGGUCUCAAAAAGGGAGAGGUCGACGUCCUCUCCAUGCAAGAGGAGUCCUUCUGGAAGGAUCUACUCGCGCAGUAUCUGUACCCCAUCGAUGAAGACAAAGCAGAGAAGGCAAGAAUAGCUAACGAUCUGAAGGACCUACGCGACAAAAGUGUUUUUGCGUUCUUUAUGCUGAAUGCCCUCUUCGUCGUGAUAGUCUUCCUGCUACAGUUGAACAAAGACCUUCUGCACGUUAAAUGGCCCUUUGGUAUCAGGACGAACAUCUCUUAUGACGAGAGUACCCAAGAGGUACAUGUCUCCAAGGAGUAUCUCCAGCUGGAGCCCAUUGGUCUUGUCUUCGUGUUCUUCUUCGCUCUUAUUUUGGUUAUUCAGUUCACUGCUAUGUUGUUCCAUAGAUUCGGAACAUUUGCACAUAUUUUAUCGAGCACUGUGCUCGUGUGUUGCAACAAAAAGAAAGAUCCGUCAGGGGGAGAACUGGGGACAGAGCAGGCUGUGGAGUUCGCGAGGGAUCUCCAGAGGCUGGAUGGAAUGGAAGAAGAUUACGACGAAGGCAGUGGAAGUGGCCCAGGUCGUAGGAAAACAAUUAGGAACUUGGAGAAGAGCAGGAGGAAGACUCAGGCGAUCAAUACCCUGGACGUUGCUUUCAGGCAGAGGUUCUUCAGCAUGACUGAGGGAAAUGGUCUCCCGAGGAACAUGUCAACUCGUCGUUCGACGAAGGCCUUCAAGGCCUUCGAGAGUCGUCGAAACAGCAUCAUAGCCCUGAGGAAAAAAUCCCAAAUGGAGACCCUGGGGGCAAACAACAUCUACGGAGUCGCGGGGAAUCCCCUGGGGAUCCAGCCAAGACCCACAAGAAGCAGUCAGAUAUCCGUUAAAGAUGUAUUCGCCGAUGUUGGUCAGGUGAAUGGGGGCUACGAGGGCGAUAACAGUCCUGGUAACAGUGUCAGACUCCAGCCCAUGGGUGGCAAUGUCGGCUGGAGUGUCAAUUCCAACUCCAAGAUGUGACCAAUUUCACAUUCUUUUGAAUAGGCUAAAGACUUUACGAGCAGUGUGACUAGGAAUUAUUGUUUCAAUACUACCUUGUGUACGGUGACGUGUUCUCUACGUUUCGUAUGUGAUACCGAGUUAUUAAAUUGUAAUUACUGAUGAUUAAUUAAUGGAUUAAUUGAUGAAUGAAUCGAUGUGACGUUGCGUGCCUGAUAUUUUAAUAAAUAUUGAUUAUCAGUUCA